AUGUUGCGCAUGUUUCUGACCACGCGUCUAGACGGGGGAGCUGCCUCUGGUAGCAGCAGCCCGGCACGGGCCGCAUCGAUUCCAUUCACGCUGUCGCCAUCACCCGUGAACUUCGCAUCCGCACGAGCCGCGGAGUGCAUUGGUGACAUUGGCCCCACGCUGCUGUCUCAGGACCACGAGGUGUUCGCCGUUACUUGGGCGCGGGCGGAGGGCGGCGCGGAGGAGGAGGAGGGCGGCCCCAUCAUUGACGUGGGCGGGCGGACCCUCACCGACGGGGCGACCCCGCUGACGCCGCUGGUGUGGGCCUCGCAGCUGGCCUCGCCGGCCGGGGUGCCGCUGCCCGGCUUGCGGGUUGUAAACCGCACGGACCAUUACCGCUGCAAGUCGACAGGCGGCAUUGCGUGGCAGGCGGCUGUCGCUAGACACGCGGCUUGA